AUGGAAAACAACCAAACUUCCUCAUCGCCCAACCUCGCUGAACGCGGACAAGGACACGGACACGGACGCGGGCCCAGCCCCAGCCGCCCCUCAGCACCGUCGCCUGGACUGGCGUCGCCUGCCCCGGAAGACGACGACGUCUCGGACAGAGCCUCCCCCAAGCUCCCGCUCACCAUGAGCGCCUCCGUCAUGCUCGCCGACCUACCCAGGGACGCGGCGGCCGCGCUGCAGAGCGUCGGCGGCUUCGCGCCAGACAAGGUGGUGGUCAGGCUCAAGCCGGUGGGGUCGGCGCCGCGGCUGGCGCAGGACGUGUGCAAGAUCAGCGCGGCGAGGCGGUUCGAGGAGGUGGUGCGGUAUCUGCGGAGGAAGCUGCGGUGCAGGGAGACGGACAGCGUGUUUCUGUACGUGAACAGCGCGUUUGCGCCGAGCUUGGACGAGGUGGUUGGGAAUUUGCACCAGUGCUUCAAGAACGCGCAGGAUCAGCUUGUGGUUGCGUACUCUAUUACGCCGGCCUUUGGCUAA